UAUGUUGGCAUUUGUACAAGAGCAAUGCAAUGCUGAUCUACUACCUUGAUCUCUUCUGCCGCACUUUCCAACUCGUUUAUUCUUCUGGCUACGAUACACACAUCCGCGCCUUCUUUGGCGAGUUCGACGGCUAGCGCUUUUCCUAAACCUGUACUUCCACCUGUAAUAAAGCAGUGUUUUCCUGCUGCUUUAAAAGGCACUCUUGUGACCCUGCGGUAAACAAAGUCUGCACCCACUACGAAGACUGCUGCUGCACUCAAAGCAACAACCGCUAUUGUCCAAGGAGAGAAGCUCAUGAAAAUGAUCUUGUUGAAAGAGUGAGCUAUUGAAGAUGUCCACAAAAAAAAAAAUCAAUUUAUCUCCUGAAGCCGAAGUUUGCGGGCUAAAGUAGUGUGAGAGAAUUCCUUGGUAGUUGGCUUUUUCUUGAUCCCUAUUGCUCUGAACAUGGUUCAAAGUUUCAACUUUUCAGGCAUUCUCAAUACAUUUAGAGUAUUAUGCAACCCAAGCUUGGCUAUGCCUCAUUUGAUUGUCGAUGACAUCAGACAGAUCAACUUUACGAAUUUGAAAAAGUACGGCAACAUAAAAGCUAUCGGCUUUGAUAAGGACAACUGCUUGACAGCCCCUUAUGCUUCUGAUAUACACCCCUCACUGAAGGGAGCUUGGCAAAAUUGUUUGACAGCUUUCACAAAGGAUAAAAUCAUUAUUGUGUCCAAUUCGGCUGGGACAAAUGACGAUACAGAUUACAAAGAAGCCAGCAAUGUAGAGAAAUCACUGGGUGUAUCUGUGCUGAGGCAUAAAGACAAAAAGCCGGCCGGUGGACACUCUUUGUACCAGCAUUUCCGUCCCAUCGAACCUCAUCAAACUGCCUUUGUGGGCGACCGUAUCUUGACCGACGUUGUAUUCGGAAAUAGAAACGGUAAUUUGACUAUAUGGACGAGUAAGAUCAUUACAGAAAGGGGAGAUAAUAAAGCUGCGCUGGUACUUCGUCGUAUGGAACAUUAUUUGAUUCGGUUUUUACAACAAAUGAACGUAAAGCCGCCGCCACAUCCCGCUGUAAAUAAUACUGAAGCGGCAGCUGUAUUGAAUGUCUAUACUAAUCGGAAUAAAGACUGAUGAUCAGGCAUAUUCGGUAGCGUCUGGUAGGCGCAAUGUUCGUGUUACUGCAUCUAAUGCUCUCAUCUUCAUACGCGCUUGUCUUGGCGUGUAUAUAUGGAAUUGCUCUUUGAAAUGAAUAAUAAUGAGUUUUACUG